CCAAAUCCCUAACUCGAAAUGCCAUUCGUGCACGGUCGUCGUCAGAUCUGCUCCUUCUCAUCUCCCUCGCGCUGUUCCUCCGGCGUGUCUGGCCCCAGAUCUCCAGUUCCUCAUUCAUCUCUGGCGUCAUUCCUGUCGUCCUCGCUGAUCCGGUUGAUACAGGACCGAGAAGCUGCUCAGGCCUCGCCCUGUCAUCUCCGGCAUCGCUGCUGCUUCACUGCAUGGCUAUGACCUUCCAUCAAGGAUCGCCCGCUACCAGCCUUCCUUUGGGUCACUGCAGGAUUUGAGUUACUUUUGUUGGAUUAGGAUAUGCAUAAUUAUGAUUGUAUAUGUAGUAGGCAUUUAAAAUUAUUAAGUUUGGGAUGAUGGUUUCCAUACCCCCGAAGAAUAUAUGGAUGCGCAGGCAACAAUGCCCCUGUGGGGAUUGGAAAUGUUUUGUGACAUAUGAGGGAGAUACUCAAGAAGAAGAGACAAACGUAGCAUCCCAUUUGCUCAAGAAUGACGAUGCAUCCCAUGGUGCAAUGGUUGCUCCUUAUGUAGGGAUGGUGUUUAAGAGUGAUGAGGAUGCGUUUGAGUACUACAGCAAUUUUGCUAGAAAGAAUGGAUUUUCAAUUAGGAAAGAGCGCUCCAGAUUAAGCCCACAGUUGGGUAUUUAUAAAAGAGAUUUUGUUUGUUAUCGUUCUGGCUUUGCUCCAGCAAGAAAAAAGCAGACUGGGGAGCACCACAGGGAUCGAAAAUCCGUUAGGUGUGGAUGUGAUGCAAAAAUGUACUUGUCCAAGGAGGUUGUUGAUGGGAUCUCCCAGUGGUUUGUUGUUCAAUUUAGUAAUGUACAUAACCAUGAACUGUUAGAAGAUGAUCAGGUUCGCCUCCUUCCGGCAUAUCGCAAGAUCCAGGAGACCGAUCAAGAGCGAAUCCUUUUGCUUUCCAAAGCUGGCUUUCCUAUACAUCGUAUAGUUAAGGUGCUUGAAUUGGAAAAAGGGAUCCAAGGAGGACAAUUGCCAUUUCUGGAGAGGGAUGUCAGAAAUUUUGUUCAAAAUCGUAAGAAAGUGGUUCAAGAGACUGAUGCUUUAGUGACUGAGAAAAGAGAAAAUGACACAAUGGAGCUUCUUGAAGCAUGCCGGGCCACAAAAGAGGGGGAUCCAUGCUUCAUUUAUGAUGUUACUUUGGAUGAGAAUGAUAAAGUAGAGAACAUUGCUUGGACAUAUGGGGACUCUGUUCGUGCAUACACCAAGUUUGGUGAUGUAGUUUAUUUUGACACUGCAUACCAUUCAAUAACCUAUGGAAUGGUUUUUGGAGCAUGUCUUGGCAUCGAUAACCAUGGUAAAACUAUUUUCUUCGGUUGUGCACUACUGCAGGAUGAAACACCUCGUUCUUUUUCAUGGGCUUUACAGACCUUUUUACGUUUUAUGAAAGGAAAGUGUCCACAGUCAAUUUUAACUGAUCUGGACCCUGGGCUUUCAGAUGCUAUAAGAAGUGAACUACCAAAUACUAGGCAUGUUAUCUCUAUUUGGAACAUUCUGCCCAAACUAUCCUGCUGGUUCUCUCUUGAACUUGGACCUAGAUAUUCAGAAUUUAGAACCGAUUUUGAUGCACUAUAUCAACUGGACAAUAAUGAGGAUUUUGAGUUUCAAUGGAAUCAGAUGAUUGCUCAGUAUGGACUUGGUUCAGACAAACACAUUUCAUUGCUUUAUUCCCUUCGUACAUCCUGGGCAUUACCCUACACAAAAGGAUGCUUUCUUGCUAGAAUGGCUACAAUUGCAUAUUCGAAGUCUAUAGAUGCAUUCUUGAGAGGCAUCUUCACUGUGCAAACAUGUCUGCGUAGUUUUUUUGAGCAGGUGGGGAUUUCUUCCAUUCUUAAAAUUCAGGUACAGGAAGAGAUGCAGAACAUGCAUAUCAAGAUAUGCUUACCCAUUGAAGAGCAUGCCCGGAGUAUUCUUACCCCUUUUGCUUUUAAUGCAUUACAGCAUGAAUUGGUCCUGGCCAUGCAAUAUGUUGCAUCUGAAAUGGCUAAUGGGUCCUAUAUUACACGCCAUUUCAAAAAGAUGGAUGUUGAUCGUCUUGUUAUAUGGAUACCAGAAGAUGAACAAAUUCACUGUUCGUGCAAGGAAUUUGAAUCAGCAGGAAUCUUGUGCAGGCAUGCUCUUCGUGUCCUCGUCAUGAAAAAUUACUUUCAACUUCCUGAGAAGUAUUUUCUGUGUCGGUGGCAGCAUGAGAGCUCACUUCUUCCUCAUGAUGAUGAGAUUGCCAAUUAUGAAUGGUUUCAUUCUCUUACUGCAACUCUCUUUACAGAAUCAUCACUUACAAAGGAGCGCUCUGGUUAUGUCCAUAGAGAAUUGAAAAAAGAACUUACAAGGCUCAUUAAUGAGGUGAGAAAUAUGCCCGCCUGCGAAGGGCAUGCUGUGGAUUUGACCCUUUCACCGACUAACUAAUUCUCCCUAUGCUAUGGUGGGUGCUCCAACUGCGACUGCUAGCAGUUUGCAUCCAGCAGUUCUUUCUGAUGGAAAUAAAGAAGUUCAAACAGAUGGAAGUAUGAGCAUAAGGUGAAGAGGUGGCCAAAACCAGUGGAACACUCAGCAAAUAAAUUUUGUAAAAGAGGAGUGACUUGAUGGAUCGGGCCAAUCAACUGUACAUCUUAGAAUGCGAUCUCUGUUCACACCAAGAAGUCACACCAGAGAAUGGCGUAGUGAGGGUUGGAAGAAUGUGUGAUAAGCUGAAAUUAAACUUCUCAAAUGGCAUGUCUUAUGUGAAAAUGUAAUACCCGAGAUUUUGCUUAUGAAUUACUUUCUGAAUUGUAAAUGAUACUUGUUUUCACCAGGUUACUUGAUUGUAAAAGGGAUACUAGUGUUGAAAUCAGACAGUGGCUUUUGGUUCGUGCCUUAGAACAGUUUCAAUUGCCUUAUGUAUCUUUUCUGUUUUUGCUUGGCACCUUAUACAUCAUUUUCAUUUGAUUUGAGGUAAUAGAG